AUGAACGACUCUGAUUCUUAAAUCAAUAAUCCUCUAAGUAAUAGCCAUGUCUCGAAUUCAGAAUAAGAAUAAUUAAUACGUUAAGAAGAAUCAGAUUGCGAAUACGAAUGUUCAUAAAAUCCAAUGUUAACAGAAGAAGAUAAUAAGUCUAUUGUUAUAAAUAAGCUAAUAUAACAUUCAUGUAUUAUUAAUUUUAUCUAAGAAUCUUCUAAUUAAAGAAAUAAGAAAAGUUAGUUAGGAUCGUUUUUGACUUCUUAAUAAUUAGAAUCAUAAUAAUACAAAAUAUCUGUUUAGUAUGUAGAUUCUAACAUUGGUAAUCCUCUUUGUUCAGGAGAAGAAGAAAUAUAAGAGAAUUUGAAGAAUAUGAAGGAGAAACUUCAAUAAAUGGAAAUAAAAUUUGAAAGUUAGGCAAAUGAAAUAAAGGAAAUUCAAAGUAAAAAAUCAUUAAAAAUUCAGACAAUUUUAAUAAAACAAAAGAAGAAUUAGAAUAAUUGAAAUCUGAAAAUGAUACUUAUAAGAAAGAUAACAUUGAGAUAAGAUAAUAGAUGUAGAAUUAAGAAAGUGAAAUUCAAAAAAUCUAAAAUUUGUUAUCAUUAAUGAUAUAAGAAAAAUAAUUAAAUCGUUAUGAUCAACAUAUUUAAAUUUCGAAUAAAAGAUCCAAAACAACAGUUGAAUUAAGCAAAGAUAUAAUUAAUAAUUAAGAAGAUCAAAUAAAAUAAAAGCAAAAGCAAACUAAUAGUAAUGGAUCUCUAAUAAAAUUAAAUGAAACUCCAUUGUCUUAAUAAUAAACAUCAUUUUUAAUAAAUAGUUCUAAAAGUUACUACCAAAAACCAUUCACACCUCAAGUUUAAUUAUUUAAUGCCAAUCAAUUAGCAGCUCUUUUGAAAUUACGUAAUAAUAUAUUUAAUUAAAGCUAUGAAUCGAAAGGAAGAAGAAAGAAAAGAAUUGCAAUAGAAAUUACUUGGAAAAGACUUUAAUUAUUUAUUUCAUAAGCCAACCAAAUCUAGUUGUAAGAUUUUAAUUAAGAUUAUAGCAAUAAAUCUUAAUCAAGUUAAAGGCUAAGGAAUACCGUCAUCCUAUUCAUUUAUUAAUACCUCUCUGACAAAAUGA